AUGGACUCACUGAGAAUGGCCCACUUGGGCCCUCGGAAGAAGAGACCCAGGCAGAUGGGUGCCUUGAUGGCUUCUCCUCCUCAGGACAUCAAGUUCCGAGAUUUGGUCCUCUUCAUUUUGGAGAAGAAAAUGGGAACCACCCGCAGAGCCUUCCUCAUGGAGCUGGCUCGAAGGAAAGGAUUCAGGGUGGAGAAUGAGCUCAGUGAUGCCGUCACCCACAUUGUGGCAGAAAACAACUCAGGUCCCGAGGUCCUGGAAUGGCUUCAGGAGCAGAAUGCAAGAGCCAGCUCACAGCCAGAACUCCUCGACAUCUCCUGGCUGAUAGAAUGCAUGCGCGCCGGAAAGCCCGUGGAGACGACAGGACAAUACCAGCUCAUCGUGAGAAGAGACUAUUCGAGUGGCCCCAACCCAGAGCCCCAGGAGACUCCACCACCUCCUGGAAGAAAGAUCUCUCCGUACGCAUGUCAGAGAAGAACCACUUUAAACAACCGCAACCACAUAUUCACGGAUGCCUUCGAGGUCCUGGCUGAGAACUGUGAGUUUAGAGAAAACGAAGGCUCCUGUCUGGCAUUCAUGAGAGCGGCUUCUGUCCUUAAGUCGCUGCCAUUCACCAUCAUCAGUAUGAAGGACACAGAAGGAAUUCCCUGCUUGGGGGACAAAGUGAAGAGUGUCAUAGAGGAAAUUAUUGAAGAUGGAGAAAGUUCUGAAGUUAAAGCUGUGUUAAAUGAUGAGCGGUAUCAGUCCUUCAAACUCUUCACUUCCGUAUUCGGGGUGGGACUGAAGACAUCUGAGAAAUGGUUCCGGAUGGGUUUCAGAACCCUGAGUAAAAUAAGGUCGGACAAAAGCCUGAAAUUCACACGAAUGCAGAACGCAGGAUUCCUCUAUUACGAAGACCUGGCCAGCUGUGUGACCAAGGCCGAGGCGGAGGCCGUGGGCGUGCUGGUGAAAGAGGCCGUCGGGGCGUUUCUCCCGGAUGCCUUUGUCACCCUGACAGGAGGGUUCCGGAGGGGUAAAAAGAUUGGGCAUGACGUAGAUUUUUUAAUCACCAGCCCAGGAUUAACAGAGGAAGAAGAACAACAACUUUUACCUAAAGUGAUCAACUUAUGGGAAAGGAAGGGAUUACUUUUAUACUACGACCUUAUAGAGUCAACAUUUGAAAAGUUCAAGUUGCCUAGCAGGAAGGUGGAUGCAUUAGAUCAUUUCCAAAAGUGCUUUCUGAUUUUGAAAUUGCACCGGCAGAGAGUAGACAGCGGCAAGGCCAGCCAGCAGGAAGGGAAACCCUGGAAGGCCAUCCGUGUGGACCUGGUCAUGUGCCCCUACGAGCGCCGUGCCUUCGCGCUGCUGGGCUGGACCGGCUCCCGGCAAUUUGAGAGAGACCUCCGGCGCUAUGCCACACACGAGCGGAAGAUGAUGCUGGAUAACCAUGCUCUGUAUGACAAGACCAAGAGGAUAUUUCUCGAAGCAGAAAGUGAAGAAGAAAUUUUUGCACACCUGGGAUUGGAUUACAUCGAUCCAUGGGAAAGAAAUGCCUAG